AUGGACCGAAGUGAUAUUGGAAAUAAUUACGUUUACGUAAUUGUUGACGAGGCAACCGAUCCAAUGGGUUUGGAUAAAUAGUUUUUUUAAUUUCUCAUAUAAUAAAAUAUACUAUUUUUGUUUAGGUCUGGCUGUUGUAAAUUUAUUAAUUGGUAAAUUAGAUGGGACGCCUAGUAAAUCAUAUGUAGUUGCAUGUAAAGAACUAGAAUCUACCAAUUAUGAAACUAUUUGCCAGUUUAUUAAUUCCUCGUUAAAAAUAUUUUCUGGUAUUGAACAAAAAGUAUUACUUUUUAUUAGUGAUGCUUGUACUUAGAUGAUCAAAGCAGCAAAAACAUUAAAACACUUUUCCCGAAAUCAUAUUACGUGUAUGGUGCACGUAGUUAAUAGAGUUCUAGAGAAAAUUCCAGAUGGGUAUCCCGACAUUAAUAAAUUGAUUUAAAAUUUAAACACAUAUGUAAUUUAUUUCGUUUAUUUCAGGAAAAAGAGCUUUCCUAAAAGCACCACCGAGAAUAAAUAAAUACAGAACAGAAAUGCCGGGUAUACCUUUACCAUCCGAACCUAUUAUUACAAGAUGGGAAGACGGGGAACAUGGUUAA